AUGGCGGACGUACACCAAUAGCAAUGUCAACGUGAAGUAAACACUUUAAUUUCUCACUUAUCCAGAGAACUGUGGACGAUUUUAUGGACUUUGGAUAAAAAAUAAUUUUCAAUAUUGAACAUGGAGUAAUCGAAGAUUUUAUGCACGUAAAUUCUUUCGGUUUUUACUGUCGUUUGCUUCGAUCAAGAACAUCUACAUAACACAUUUCAGAAUUCGAAUUGUUUGAAUCAAGAUGUUUCAAAAGGGAGGACCUGGAAAACAAAGAGGUUUUGGUUUUGGAGGAUUUACUCUAGCAGCUAAGAAGGAAGAUCCCCUUCCACGUAACAUAGGGAGCGGGAUGCCCGUCAACAGAUCAGGUGAAAGUGUGAAAAAAACUCAAUCAUCCCAUCGCCAGGGAGUACGAAGCACUUCAUCGUUUCCUCUGCCAGGAGCAAGGAAACCAAUCUUUGUAGAUAGUGAUAAUGAGGAUGAUGAGACAAAAUUUGUUGACGAUGAUGACGAAGGUGAAGACAUGCCAUCCAGCCGGCAAGUGGAAGAUGAUGAUGAUGAGGAAGAUGAGUUGGAUAAAUUCAUGGCAGGAAUACAGAAUGAAGUGCAGAAGGAAGCAAAUCUGUCUGAAAAGGAAAAAAGCGAUAAAGACAAGAAAAAGAGCAGAAGAGAUGACAUCGAAGAAGAAGAUGAUCAAGAAUCAUAUUUCAAUUACAUUAAGAAUGCCCCUGUCAUCGCAUAUCCUGAUGAUGAGGAAGAGAUUGAGUAUGAUAGUGAUGGAAACCCAAUCGCUCCUGAGAAGUCCAAGAUUAUUGUGCCACUUCCAGCAGUGGACCACUUCGAGAUUGACUACCCACCUUUUGAAAAGAACUUCUACAUUGAACAUGAGGAAAUUGCAAAACUUACUAACCACGACGUUCAGGAUUUAAGGAGAAAAUUGGGAAUGAAGGUGUCGGGAGCUCAGCCUACAAAGCCAUCCAUCAGUUUUGCACAUUUUAGUUUUGAUGAACAGCUCAUGGGUGCAAUCAGGAAGUCUGAAUACACACAGCCAACACCUAUCCAGUGUCAGGCAAUCCCUGUGGCACUUAGUGGCCGAGACAUCAUAGGCAUUGCUAAAACAGGUUCUGGUAAGACUGCGGCCUUCCUGUGGCCAGCAUUGGUACAUAUUAUGGACCAACCCGAGCUAGAGCCUGGUGACGGACCCAUAGCCCUGAUCUGUGCCCCUACCAGAGAACUUUGCCAGCAGAUCUUCGCUGAGGCUCGGCGGUUUGGAAAAGUUUACAACAUCCACGCUGUGGCUGUGUUUGGUGGGGGUAAUAAGUAUGAACAGUCAAAGGCUCUUCAGGAAGGAGCAGAAAUUGUUGUUGCAACUCCGGGCCGUCUGAUUGAUCAUGUGAAGGCAAAGGGCACAAACCUGAAAAGAGUUACAUAUCUGGUCUUUGAUGAAGCUGACAGGAUGUUUGACAUGGGAUUUGAGCCCCAAGUGAGGUCGAUUGCAAAUAACGUUCGUCCCGAUAGACAGACCUUGCUUUUCAGUGCGACAUUUAAGAAAAAAGUCGAGAUGCUCUGUCGGGAUAUCUUGACAGAUCCUAUUAGAGUUGUCGUGGGUGAGCUUGGCGAGGCGAAUGAAGAUGUAACACAGAUCGUAGAAAUCUUGCCAAGCAUCAAUGAUAAAUGGACAUGGCUAACAAGACAUUUAGUCUCUUUUACAUCAGCUGGAAGUGUGCUCAUCUUUGUGACCAAAAAGGCUAACAGUGAAGAGCUUGCAUCAAAACUCAAAACCAAAGAUUUUGAAGCGGUGUUACUGCACGGAGAUAUGGAUCAAUUCGAGAGAGACAAAGUCAUCUAUUCAUUCAAGAGACAAGAGAUUCCUAUUCUAGUAGCAACUGAUGUAGCAGCCCGUGGCUUGGACAUUCCAUCAAUCAAAACUGUCAUAAAUUACGAUGUGGCUCGUGACAUCCACACGCACACGCACCGGAUUGGUCGAACUGGCAGAGCAGGAGAAAAGGGUGUGGCCUACACCCUUCUUACGUCUUCUGAUCAGAACUUUUCAGGGGAUCUUGUGCGAAAUUUGGAAGGAGCUAAUCAAGUGGUCCCUGAGGCCUUGAUGGAGAUGGCAAUGAAGAAUGCUUGGUUCAGGAAGUCUCGUUUUCGACAAGGCAAGGGAAAAGCCAGUGGAAGGGAAGGAAGACCGCGCAUGCGUGAGAGGCCUGGCCUAGGAAUGCAGGGAUCGUCGGGAAACCAAGCCAGUGAUGGCAGAGGAGCACAGUAUUCGUAUACAGAAUCAUCGUAUCCACAAUCGUCUUUCGUAUCAUCCUCGUCCUCAAAAACAUCUUUUCGUCCGUCGUCAUCUUCGGCUUCGGGAGGAGUGUUCGGCUCUUCGGCAAGAAACGAUCGGACCUCGGCUCUCAAGGCUGCUUUUCAGGCCCAGUAUAAGUCUCACUUCUGCGCGGCAUCUUCCUCAGCAUCUAACACGUGGGACGCUACAAGUCAUCACAGUACAGCUAAACCCCCUGACAGGCUCCAAUCGUCAAAACCACAGAAACCAGCCGUCAAGAAAUCCCGUUGGGACCCAGCUUAGGAACGAAGAGUGUUCGCACUCUGCAACAAUCCAGAGAUUAUUCAGUUUUCUCUGAAUUUUGUUUUACAUAUGCGCUCAGUUGUCUAUAAGAGAAACAGUCUUUAUUAAGUUAUGUAAGAUUCCAAAAAGGCUAAGAACACAUUUCUUUUUUCUAUCAAGGCCGGCCAUGAAGAGAUCCCGUUUGCACCCAGCUUAGGAACAAAUUGUGUUCAUACUCUGCUUCGCCCCAAAUAUUUUUCGGUUUUCUGUGAAUUUUGUAUUACAUAUAGUCCAGUUGUCUACAAGAGUAGGUUACAUAAGAUUCCAAAAAAAGCUAAGGACACAUUUUUUUUUAAUCAAGGCUUUUCUUCACUCGAAAGGAAACAUUUUGCAGCGUAGCUACACAACUUGCUUUUUGAACACGAGAAGUGUUUGUUGCAACACACAGUGCUCAGGUGUUGGGAUUGUUUCUGAUACGAUUUAGAAAAAACAGCAUAAUUCUAUACGUUGGUCUCAAUGAACAUAUUUUGCUAUUUCUUUAACCCUGAAAUCCCUAAGAGUGACUGGCGUCUAAUUUCUUCUUGCAACAUCACUGAAUCACGCAUUAACGUCACGAGAAAAAAGACUGAGUACCAACUGUAGGAGCUCUUGAUUGUUAAACAAAUUCUCCUUGCCAGCACCUUAAGGAAUUUAUAGCGAACAGUAUGGAGAAUAUGCAUACUGAUGUUAGGGUGCAAAGGGUUAAGGAGAUGGAAAACGGAAAGUGCGCGCUGCAAACAUUAGCUGGGCUAUUCAAAGCUGGGUUGAGAUAUCCCAGGGUUAGUGUGAAAUCUGAUCUCGGAUCUGAAGGCUUUAAAGGAAAAUUUAACUUAAUUCUUGUAGUCUAGAAUUUGAUGAUUGGAUACUCUAAAAAUAAUUGAGAAAAUUAUCACGAAAAGGCUCUUGCGCAAAAGAAUAAAGAAACCCGAGAAAAUUUAACCUUGGGUUAGCGCUAAUCGGCCUACAAUAAACUGGGCCCUGGUAAAAACCAAGUCAGUAAUUGUGUCCCAUUAACACUUGCGAUACGGCACCUUGUUACAAUAGUGAGGUUACUGAAUGACUUCUUACCAACUGGAUGUGUCGCUAGGUUAGCAUAUUAUCGAGUUAGUUUCCUCUAGAGCAUUUGUUUCAUACCGAGUAUAGGUACAAAUCCACUAGCGUUGUAGCACAGAUACUGCAAUCUGAUUGGCUACACCACUCGGUAUCUAUUCAAUGUUAGAUGGUGAGUGAAGUGAGAAGCCCGAAAUUGUGCGGUUGUCGAGAGAAAGAAAAAAUAAACAACAGCCUGU